AUGAGCUCUGAAUUCCAAGCUACGAGCGCAAUGCCAUCGCAGGAAUCUUCUGCGGAAGCCGCAAAUGGAUCGGUGAGCGCGUCCUUGGAGGAGACAUCUCCGCUCGACAGCGACAUGCCCUCCAAGCCUCAACAUCGCCGAAACAGGUCCAGUGUCGACGGCACCAAGUACAAGGAUGGCACCUGGUCGGCUAAGAAUGAGAAGAUCCUGAUGGGUCCUUACGACUAUAUGCACGGACAUCCUGGCAAGGAUGUUCGUCGUCAAUUGAUCCAAGCCUUCAACUCAUGGCUUCAGGUUCCUUCAGAGAGCCUGGCAGUCAUUGACAAGGUUGUCAGGAUGCUUCACACGGCGUCUCUACUAAUCGAUGAUGUUGAGGACUCCUCCGUCUUGCGUCGCGGCAUUCCCGUCGCGCACAACAUUUUCGGCACAGCACAGACCAUCAACUCGGCCAAUUACGUGUAUUUCUUGGCUCUACAAGAGGUGCAACAGCUGAACAACCCAGCGGCGAUUGACAUUUACGUGAAAGAGCUUCUGAAUCUCCACCGGGGCCAAGGCAUGGAUCUUUUCUGGCGUGACACGCUGAGUUGUCCCACGGAAGAUGAAUACUUGGAGAUGGUUGGCAAUAAGACCGGUGGUCUUUUCCGACUGGCGGUCAAGCUCAUGCAAGCCGAGAGUUCUACCGGCAAGGACUGUGUCGCUCUGGUGAACGUCAUGGGUCUGAUCUUCCAGAUCUGCGACGAUUACCUGAAUCUGGCAAACACGACAUAUACGAAGAACAAGGGCAUGUGCGAAGAUUUGACCGAGGGCAAAUUCUCGUUCCCCAUCAUUCACAGCAUCCGUUCCAACCCUUCCAACCACCAACUGCUGGCCAUCUUGAAACAAAAAACUCAAGAUGAGGAGGUGAAGCGGUAUGCUGUUCAGUACAUGCACAGCACAGGUAGUUUUGAACAUACCCGUCGAGUCGUGCGGGAUCUGCAUGAGCGGGCAUUGGCGUUGAUCCAGGUGAUUGACUCGACACCCAAGGUCAAUGGUGCCGGUGAUGGCCAUAUGGUGCGAGCUGUCCUGGAUAAGAUUGUCAACACAACGUUAUCUCCGGCCGAGGACGAGAUUAUUGGUGGGCAGUAG